GUUGACGUGGGUGCUGUGUCUCCUGCCACAGCUACUACUCACCACUUCCUGUCCCAAUUUAAAGCAAAAACGUUGUUUGAGAGACUCCACGGAGGUCGGGAUGGCGUUCUGGUGGACAUCAGGCGUGCUGGUCUUGGCGAUUGAGUCUGCAGAUGCCAUGAUGACGCUGUACGACCCCAGGUUGUGUUACAUUCUGGACGGCUUCCUGGGUCUGUACGGCCUGGUCAUCACCGCCAUGUUCAUCAAGGAGAAGUUCUUCAAAACAAAGGCGGACGGCGCUUAUACGGGUGGAAGUGGCCAGCUGAGAGGAGACCUGGAGAGAGGGCGUAAACGCUGGGAGAAUGAAAAUGCGACGUACACGGGCUUGACCAAAAGAUCAGAAGACGAAUACAAAGAACUUCCUGUUAACAGAGAACGACCCCGAAAAAACGAUCUGGUUUACCAGGGUCUCAGCAGAGCGACCAGAGACACCUACGACUCCAUCCAGAUGCAGCCAUCUUCAAGCCGCUAGAAAUAUGUCAUGCUCAUUGUUCCUUUCAAUAUCUAAUCAUUCUCUAAUGUUCUAUAUCAUAAAAUAAUAAUACAUGAGAUAAUUGUGUAAUGAAAUAAAAUAAAGUGACAUUUCUGCUGAA